AUGAAACUGGUCAUCAUUGCCGCUUUGAUCGCUGUCUGCGCAGCUGGACGUCUCGAACACCUGGAGCGUUCUUACCUACCUCCUGAUAACACCAACAAUCUAGGUUUUGGUUCCAAUACCGGAUCUCACAACGGUUUUGGAUCCAAUGGAGGCCAAGGAAACUUUGGAUCUUUUGACUCACAACAUGGUGCUAGCCAUGGCAGCUUUGGAUCAGCAAGUCCUGCUAGAGGAAACAACUUUGGUUCCAACGGAGGUUCCAAUGGAAAUUUUGGUUUAAAUGGCGGUGCUAGAAGUUUUGGAGCCAAUGGUGGAUCCGGAUCAGGCAGUCAUGGUAUUGGUGCAUCAAACGGUAACGGCUUUGGUGCUACAUCAAACCAGUACCUGCCGCCUAACUACGGAUCAUCCAGCGCUAACGGUCAAGGCAGAAAUGGACAUUCGUCUUUCGGAGCACCCAGCGGCCAAUUCGGAACAUCGUCUUUCGGAAACGACAACGGAUUUGGAGCUCAUAGACCGUCUCCAUUCCAGAACGGCCAGAACUCUCACUCGCAGUUUGGUCCCAGCAACCAAUACCUGACACCUAAGCAGUCUUCAAACUUCCAGAACAUUCCCCAGCAAAGCUUCGACGAGCAGACCGGCUACCAAUAUUAA